UCACCUCUAGAGAAACUUUCCUGGAGUUCUCGGCUCCUCUGACCGCGGAGCGACUCACUCAUUGUCCGGAGGAAGCCGCGGCAGCUCGGACACCCUGCGAGCCACAGGAGAACACAGAGCGAAGCCUCGUUCACUUCUCCCCGAGAGGAACGAUUUUACGAGACAUGCCCUUUUUUAUUUGACAUUUUUGACAGAAGAGCCGACGUUUUUCUUUGGUUAAAGUUAGCUUAUUUAGGUUGGAGGUCGAUACCUACAUGAAUAGCUCAGGAUUACACAGGCUUUUGUUACUUUUAAGAAGUGAGAGGUUUUUUUAAAGGAGCCGGAAUUAACCUGGAUAGCCCCCUCCCUCACUCCCUGCCUCCAAAACUUCACUCACUGCUCGGAGUCGAUAUGUCUUGGAUUAACCGGGGCCUCUUAUUUGCCUUCGGUGUGUUGCUUUGUGUGUCAGCGGAACAGCAGCAGGGCCAGAGCGGCUACAGGAGGCUGUACGUACUGCAGCCCGGGCCGGGGCCGGGUUCGGCCGGAGGGGACGGCGGAGUGCGGGUCAGCUCCAUCUCGACGCGUCAUAGCGCGGCGGGGCAACCGCACACGUACAACGUGGAGCUCACCGCCAACUUCGGGCGCCAGGUCCGGACCCGCAGGAUGGGGAACCAGGCGGAUCCGGUGCCCCAGUUCAGCCCGCAGCUGCCAUCGGUGGUCCGGCAGAACGGACAGGAGCAGAGCCAGCAGCGGCAGGUUAUGAAGCUGCCCGGGGUGAACGUCUGUGGAGGGCAGUGCUGUCAUGGAUGGAGCCAGGUUCAGGGGUCGCAGCGGUGCACAAAGCCCAACUGCUUCCCUACGUGCCAGAAUGGAGGAAUGUGCCUCAGGCCUCAGCUCUGUGUCUGUAAGCCUGGCUCGAAAGGGAAGGCAUGUGAACAGAAGACGGUGUCCACACACCCUUUUCCAGCACCGUCUGGGAAUGAACCUACGAAUGGGCACAACACUGGUCACACAAAUGGACACACCACCGGUCACACUAAUGGACACAGUGUAAUACCCCAGCGGCCCAUACCUCAGCAAGUGCCUCCCAGUGGGUAUGCUUCUGCCCCCCCACCAGCUACCAACAUGGCUCAGAUGAAACUAACCGUCAAGCCCUACCCUCAGCUUCCGCGACCACAUUAUGUGCAACAACACAUCCAACAGCACAUCCGGUCCAUGCCCAUGCACCAAGUUCAGAGCCAGCAGUAUGUUAUAAAGCCCAAAUACUACCACACACACACUACACACAGACAGACACAUGUUCAGUCCCAACCAGAGAGGCCAAUCCCCCUAAGAGUCGGACACAACCCCUACCACGUGGGCAACCAUACGGGAAGGAUCAAGGUGGUCUUCACACCCACCAUCUGCAAGUUAACCUGCAUUGGAGGCAGGUGUCACAACAACUGUGAGCUGGGAAACACCACUACCAUCAUCAGUGAGAAUGGCCAUGCCACAGACACCCUGACAGCACCCAACUUCAGAGUAGUGGUUUGUCACCUUCCAUGUAUAAAUGGUGGAAAGUGCAGCUCUAGGGACAAGUGUCAGUGUCCUCCCAACUUUACUGGAAAGUUCUGCCAGAUGCCGGUUCAGAAUGGACGACAGCAGCAGCUGGCAGGCGGCUACAGCCAAACUCAGGUCCACUCAACACACACGCUGCCACUGACCUACAGCAACAGCCAGAGUAACGUGUUCAAUCCCAGUGUCGUCAACAUCCAUAUCAAACAUCCUCCAGAAGCCUCUGUCCAGGUUCACCAGGUGUCCCAGCUGGACAAUUUCCACAACAACGGCCACCAGCUGAAAGGUUCCCAGUCAGGCUCCUCUUCAUCUACCAGCUACAAUUACCACCUCACAGACAGCAGCCAGAAGAUCCAGCACCACGGAUAUAACAUAGUUUAUCCGGGCCAGCACGGCUACCAGGUCCCUCAGUACCCGCCUGUUACCUCCAAGAACACACUAGGCCGCUGCUUCCAGGAGACUACAGGCAGUCAGUGUGGGAAGGCUCUGCCAGGUCUCACUAAGCAGGAGCAGUGCUGUGGAACCAUUGGAACAUCCUGGGGCUUCCACAAAUGCCAGAAGUGUCCAAAUAAACCAUCUAUCCCUCUGAUAGAUUGUCCUCAGGGCUACAAGAGAAUCAACAGCUCUCAUUGCCAAGAUUUGGAUGAGUGCCAGCUACAGGGUGCGUGUCCCAAUGGAAACUGUCUGAACACUGUGGGCAGCUACAGGUGUAUGUGUAAACCGGGCUAUGUCCCGGACCCAACACUAACCACUUGCAUACCCGACACUCCUGCCAUCCAAGAAGAGAAAGGGGCUUGCUUCCGUUUGGUCAGCUCAGGCAGACAGUGUUUGCACCCAGUUUCUGCCCAGCUGAGUAAACAGCUCUGCUGCUGCAGUGUGGGCAAAGCCUGGGGCCCUCACUGUGACAAAUGCCCCCCUCCAGGAACAGCAAAGUUCAAAGAGAUCUGUCCUGGUGGAAUGGGCUACACUGUUCUACCAAAUCCACCUGUCAAUAAGCCGGUCACUGUUUACCAGCAGCCCAUUGACCUGCAACCCCCCCAGCCCCUGCCAACGCCAGAGAGGCCGGUGGAGGCUUUUGGGAAACCAGAGGAGAUGAUACCAGUAGCAACAACUGCAACAGAUCAGGAGCUGAUAGUUCCUGUGUUUAGUGUUAGGCCAGUAGUUGAACCUAUCCAGCCCCAGCUAUCUCCAGGUGUGUCCACUGUGAAGAUGGAGGCAGCCUACCCAGAGGUGGUCGAGAGGAGUUCUCCACCUGCACCAGUGGAGAUCCUCCCAUCUAACGCAGGCCAGGACAUCGCCCCCACCCAGUCAACUGAGGUGGAUGAGUGCCAGAUCAACCCUUACAUAUGUGGCCAGGGGAUUUGUUACAACACCGCUGAGGGCUACAUCUGCCACUGUGAUGAAGGAUACCGCCUGGAUGAUGCCCAGACCACCUGUGUCGAUUUAGAUGAGUGUUUGGAAAGCCCAUCUUUGUGCGUUGGCGGUGACUGCAAGAACACAGAGGGCAGUUUCCUGUGUGUGUGUCCAUGGGGAUUCCUGGUUGAUAAAGAGGGAACCAGUUGUGUUGAUAUCGAUGAAUGCAUAGACACAACUGUAUGCCCCUCUGGCAUCUGUUUCAAUGUGCCAGGGAGUUACAACUGUGGCUCUUGUCCUGAUGGUUUCAUGGCACAGGGAGGUCAGUGUGCAGAUAUAGAUGAGUGCCAGGAUCAGCGGGUCUGUACCAGAGGCCACUGUCUGAACACUGAAGGCUCCUUUAUCUGUCAGUGUGGGCCAGGCUUCAGAGUGUCAGCGACUGGAGACGAGUGUGACGAUGUGGAUGAGUGUGUGGAGGAAGCCAGGCCCUGUGAGGCUGUAGGGGAGUGUGUGAACAACAUGGGCUCCUACACCUGUACCUGCCCACGGGGAUACCAGCAGAUCGAUGGUACCAGCUGCAGAGAUGUUGAUGAGUGUAUGGAUGAGCCAGAACUCUGUUCCCCCAAUGGCGAGUGUCUCAACACAGAAGGAUCCUAUUUGUGUGUUUGUGAGAGUGGAUUUACUGUCAACCUCGACACACCCUCCUGUGAUGAUAUUGAUGAGUGUGGUCUCAAUGAGACACAAUGUGGUCCUCACGGCUUCUGUGAGAACAGACUGGGCUCUUUCCGAUGCUUCUGUGACCAGGGCUACCGGGAGACCGAAGAUGGCCAAGGCUGUGUGGAUUUGAAUGAGUGCGAGCUGCUGAGCAGUGUGUGUGGAGAAGCUCAGUGUGUGAACAUGGAUGGUUCCUUCAGCUGCAUGUGUCCCAGCGGCCAGGACUAUAACGUCAUGAUCGCCAAGUGUGAGCCUGUUCCGACAGCGUCGUCGGUGGAGCGUAAGGAGUGCUACUAUCAUCUGAAUGAUGAGAACCUGUGUGAGAGUGUGCUGACCAGCCACGUCACCCUGCAGGAGUGCUGCUGCACGCUGGGAGCUGGCUGGGGUGACAACUGUGAGGUACAUCCCUGCCCUGUCAAUGGCACAGACCAAUUUAACCAGAUGUGUCCAUAUGGAAGAGGUUUUUUUCCCAGUGCUGACUUGCUGUAUGGAGUACCCACUGCUGACACUUACAAAGAUGCAGAUGAAUGUACACUGUUUGGCCAGGAGGUGUGUAAAGGAGGCUUCUGUCUGGAUACUGUGGGAAGCUAUGAGUGUUACUGCAAGACUGGACAGGACUAUGACCCUUCCAAGCUGGAGUGCAGAGACAUCAAUGAGUGUCUUGAUGACUCUGUGUGUGUCGGUGGACAGUGUAUGAACACAGAUGGCUCAUUUAUGUGUUUCUGUACACAUCCAAUGGUGUUGGACCCCAACAGUAACCAAUGUGUCUUCAUUCCAGAGGUGGCCGAGCAACAUGAGACAGCGCAGAUCGACUACCAGGGGAUCUGCUGGCAGACGGUAACAGAGACCAUGACGUGCACACAGCCACUGGGUCGCAACAGGAAGACCACAUACACAGAGUGCUGCUGUCUGUACGGAGAAGCCUGGGGCAUGGACUGUGCCCUCUGCCCCCCGAGAAACACCGAGGAUUAUGCAUCCAUGUGUAACAUACCUCUGGGUGGUGGGCGACGGCCAUAUGGCCAUGAUGCCCUCACUGCUGGCCCAGACCAUGAAUAUGAAGUGAGACCAGACUACUCUCCAUCACCUGAGCAGGAGUCUGUCUUGCCCUUCUAUGAGAACCAGGAGAAUCCAUUCAAAGCAUUUGAGGGUUUGCGAGCAGAGGAGUGUGGGAUACUAAAUGGCUGUGAGAAUGGCCGUUGUGUGCGGGUUCAGGAGGGAUACACCUGUGACUGCUUCGAUGGGUACACCUUGGACCUGUCUCAUAUGACCUGCAUUGAUGUGAACGAGUGUUCAGAACUGAACAAUCGGAUGUCGCUGUGUAAAAACGCAAAGUGCAUCAACAUAGUGGGCUCCUAUCAGUGUGUCUGUCUGCCAGGGUUCACUGCUUCUGACAAACCCAACUACUGUGUGGAGAUUCCAACACACCACACAUCAACACACACACAGUGAGCAUGGACAGGUGCAAGAGACACAAAACACACGCACAAGCUUGUAUUACUAUACUGGUGAGGACGUCCAAUACAUCCGGUCAGUGCCAAAUCAUCCAAACAGUAACCUCAUAGUUCAACUCCCUGGUUUGGUCAGUGUCCAGCAGCGCUCCCAAAACACGUCAUAGCUCAUCCUCAGCAGUUACCGGGAGGAGUAUUUGAGAUGUGGGGGUCAUAUACCCAAAUUAGAGAGAGAGCCUUUAACUGUUCAAAUGUAUUUAUAAUUUCUGUCCAUCAUCUAAAUCAAACCUUCGAAAUGUAAACCUUGUCCAUUGAAUCAACUUCAAAUCAUAUUCCAAAUUUAAAGAUUAUCUAAAUCCAGAUCUGCCGUUUACCCAUGUCGUUUUCACUAUUUUCACUCACUCCCUGCCUUUCCCAUCCGUUCUCCAUCACUGUUUUUUAGUCUACCUUUAUUGUAAUAUAUUUAUUAUACUUUUUCAUUUAGUAGUUUUCCAAUAAAAUAAAUCCAAAUAUUAUAUAAGCACUUCCAAUGUUAAGGCCUAAUUUUGUAAAAAGCCUGAAAGUAUAAUUUUUCUAUAGAUUUUCAGUGAAUGCACGGUAAUAAGGUAACUAGCUUUAUCUUUUAUGUCUACCUUGUUUCAGGAAAUAUAUGGCAUUUAGGGAUAUGUUUACUACUCCAGAGAGAUAGAUGAUAGGAUUUCAUAUAUGCGCUUUGAGGAAACACCUGGCAUACCGUCUUUAUGACAACAUUUUUAGAAAAAAAAUGUCUUCCUUAAUGAUGAGUUGUGAUUGACAUAGGACAGAACCUUUACAUUUUUUUAACAGUCAGUGUAGAGAACAAACUGCUGAAAUACAUGUAGAACGAUAUGUCCUGACAGGACUUGUAUUGUGAGAGCAGCAGCUGCAAAGCUUGGCAUGUGUCUGUACAGAAUGUGUUCAGGCACAGUGUAUAGUGUAGGUGCUCAGAGUGACAUUUACCGGUGUAUAGUGAAACACAAGCUGUUAAUAACCGCCACUAACAUGUGUCUCAGGUGCUCUGAUCUUGUUAGGGCAGCUGUCAUAACAGUUUUAAAUGCCAGCGAGGGCCAUUGAGCUCCAACCACUCAGACCACGUUAAGAGUUGGUCUGGGACGCAUGUUGAUACAGUCUCUAAGCAGUGUAAACACAAAUGUGUCCUUGGCCAUGUUGAAGGACAGCCUACUCAGCUGAUAUCCUCUGUGUAAAUGGGGGAACAUACUCAUUUCUGCAUCAUGAAAAAAACACAACAUGCCACCAUACUGCUUCUGUGUCUAUGAUAACAGCCAUGAGUACAUCACACAUAUUGGGUGAUGUGGCUUUGCCUGGAACAUACCAAGGAAUAAACACAGGUUUUAAUUAAUUUUUCUUUAUUUAUUAAUGGAAGAUAAAAGUGUUGUGGACAAAAAAUGGCUAAACUAGCGGCCGUAGCUACUUGAUGAUGUGUCCGAGGGUCAGUAAUGCACCUGGUAUGAAGAUUUCAGGGGACAUUUAGGCUUAAAACUUGAUGUAUAUUACCUGGUUUUUCAGGGCUUGCGGACACUUGGAUGACGCAACUUGAGCUGCAUGAAGGCAUGUUGUGUUUUUUCUGUUGUUUUACUACAUCUGAAGUUAGGUCACCAUUGAUUUAAAAUGUAUUGGAUUCUGCUGCAACACUGUUUACACCUGAGACUCCAGAAGUGUUUUGUGGACUCAAACACUUCACCCCACCCCUCCAUCGGCAUAGUGGUGACUUAAAUUACUGUACAUUAUCUCAUCAUCUAAUGAGAAAUGAACCUCCAAAGCGUGAAUACCCCAAAAAGGUAAACAGGAUAUACACAGUCCCAUUUGAAGGUGGCAUCAUUCAGCUAAAGUACCGUACAUGCAAUUUACAGUAUUUCUCAUUCGAAUGCAAUUUUUUGUUCUCUAGGCAGUAACAAGGUUAUUCGUUCUACUGCUUUAUGCUAAUGUUUGACCUAUUAAAUGUUAGUCUGACGUUGUCAGACUCACAAUUCUAGUCAGAAUGUGAGUCUGAGACCGCUCCAUUGGGCUGUGAUUAUGGGGCGUGUUUCAACUGACCAGGAAAUACAAUUCCUCUUCGCUCAAUUGGAUAGACCUACAACCAAUCAGAGCAACGUAGUAUGUGACGUAUGUUAAGCAACGCAUUGUGAGUUAUUUACUAACGCCGGGUUCACACCGGACGCUGAAGCGAUGCCGAAGCGACCCUUCAGCGCAGCGUCAAGCCUUAAAUAACAGCUGGCUCCCAUCCACUCCCAUGUUAAAACUUUGUGCGGGUCACACCGGAGGCUGAAGCACCGCGCUGCGCCAAGGCUGCCUCGCGCCGUGCAGCGAUCGUUUCGGCGUCGAGUCUAUUUUUUGCACUUGACGCGAGUGUAUCGCUCCAGGAAACACACUGAAAAACGAUCUUAAACUAUAUUGAUGACAUAUUUUAUAUGAUAUAAAUGAUCAAAUAUGCAUCCCAUACUUUGAAGUCCCCUUCUGUUGUCCUGGAGUUUUAAUUUGACCAAUGACAUUAUUAAAUGUCCCCCUCUGCCCAUCCACUACAGCCACACAAGCAGUGAUACAGAUAAAAAGAGAGAGAGAGGGGGCUACGUAUUCUCCACAUAGGCUUGAUUGGAGAAUACGUAAUUUACCCCCGACACCCGACAUUUAACGGAGCAAACAGUGAAGUUCUUCAACAUGGAUGACAUUAAAUUAAUAAUUGAAGGAGAAGUACAGUGAGUUGUAUGAUCCUCGGAACAUGUCGUAUAAAGACAACACCAAGAAAGACAAAUGUUGGGACGCUGUUGCUUAAUGUUGGAGCAACAAGUAAGUAUAUGCUUUUAAUCUACUGGAUCAACGGGUGAUCUUAUUAGCGCUGCCCGGCGGUUCAGCUUCGCUUCAGUGUCCGGUGUGAACAGCCAAGCGCCUGCGCGAUAGGGAUUAGCGAGGUGCUUUGGCGUCGCAUCCAUGUUCUCUGUUCCUCUUUCAAAAUGAAUGCGCUGUCGAUGUCUUCUAAAACAGACUCAAUGGCAGCAUCUACACAUCUCAGCUCCCCAGCGGCAGGCAUGUUUGUUGAAAACGACCCAACCCAAGGGCACUUUGAUGACGUGGUUGACUACGUUACCGUUGAUCAUCUGUCCAUCAUCGUAUAAAGCCGCCCUGACAAUCUGAUUGGUCCGGAUGAUUUCGAACCGGGCAUAAUUUCUCCCCAACGGAGCGACUCCAGACCGAACUUCCCGACCUCAAAUGUUGUGGGCGGGGCUUUGUCUGGCAACCAGGCUAAUUAAAUGUUCAACAUGUUAAACAUCUUUUUUUAUUGUGUUAGCUUGCAAUCAUCUGCCAAAUAGCAAAUCACAGCUGAGGCUGAUGGAAAAACCAAAGAGUAAUGGACACAUUCUAAUUUUGAAAUCAUAAUAAGGAAAAGUUGGAGGAUCAAACAGUUGCUGUAGUUCAUCCUGACCAGGGCAUUACUUCGAUAGCACUUGAUAGUAAUACAGCAUAUUUCUGAGUUGUUACCCAAAUUCGAAAGUAUGUUGGACCAAAACGGUGGAUUUAUUUACACUGUCAUUCUUAAGGCCACACCACCAGUGUGGAUAAUAAGCUUGGGAACCGCUACUUUACAGACUAUUAUGCUGCCUGAGUAACUAACCUUCCCCUUCCACUUCCCUCCACAUGUAUUUUUUCACUUAGUUCAACAUUUGAUGGAGUCGCUGACAAGCCAUUUAUUAUCAUGUAUAAUAAUGGUGUAUGUGUUUAAAACUGGGAUGUAAAUGCUGAGAUGAAGCUGGGAAACAUUGACAUAGAUCCUUGAGGAGACUGUGGUUCCUUAAAAGUAUAGAAAUACAACAAACUCACACACACACAAAACACAGACACACUUACUUAAUCAAAGCCCAUAUAUUCUGCACUGUAUAAAAUACACACUAAAUGAAACAAAUAGUAAUUUACUUGAGGUGAAGAUUCAACUUAAUCUACUCUUUGGUGUCAUCGUAUUUUGGUGGUAGAAACACAGAACUGUAUAAAAUGUAUGUUGCUAUUUCUUAUUUUGUAAGUGGAGAUUUACGUGUUACACAAGGCCGUAUUGCUCUUUUAACAAAUUGACAAACCCUUUGGACUUGAGCUGGGGGAUCCAGUUUUAUGUUGCACCCAGUCUAACUGAUUGUGGAUAUUUAAUUCUGUGAAGAGGUCAGCUGUUGCUCCUCCUCUUCCACCUUCGCCAUCCCUCUGUCUGCCAUUAAGAAAAGCCUGUUACCACGCUACACUACUUUUGUAAAAUGCAAUCCUAAAUCUACUUGUUGUUUCCUGUUUCUUACAAAGGGCUUAAAGACUUUUUGUAACCUGGUAUUCCUUCCUCCUUGUGUCUAUGUGUUGAGAUGACUGAAAUGUUUUAUUUUCCAUACUUCUCUUUACUACAUUUCACUGCUAAAUCUUGCCAGGUGGCAAAGCUGCUAUGGGAAAGAAGAACUUGUGUACAUUUAAACAAAAGAGUGGAAAACAUAGCUAUGUAUUUUUAAUUUGUACAUGGAUAAAUAUCUUUUUCUAUGAAUACGUAAUACAAUGUAUAUUAAACCCCUUGGUAUUAAACCACAAAUUGUGAUAUUUAA